AAAUUUGGCUCCAUGCGAUCUGUCAUCAGCUUUCCACGAGAUUCAUCCCCCGCUCUGUGAAGUGGUCAAAAAAUUCGCCGCCAAAUCAGUACGUCGCCGAAACUAUCACGGCAACGCUCUGGCCAGAUUUCUUGCCGCCUCCCUCUCUUUAUCCUUUCUUUGUCACUCUCAGAAGAGUUUGCUAUAGGUGGUUUGGCUGGUGAAGAUAUUUGAAGGAUGACCGCAGCGCUUCUGAGAAUCGAAAUCUUGUGCGGAAGAAGCGACAAUCUCGGGAAGGAUUUCUGAUACAAAUUGUGGAGGAUUUUCAUAUCGGAUUUCUGAAGGCUUGUUUUUUCUCCCCGGUGCUAUUCUAAGCGGGCUUGGAUUGAAGGAGUCUACGAGUUUAUACCGGAGGCUUGCAUAUUCUUCAAGAUGGUCAACUUUGGCAAGAAGUUGAUGAAAGAUCAAAUUCCAGAGUGGAAAAGAUGCUACAUUAACUACAAGCUAAUGAAAAAGAAAGUAAGGCAAUAUGCUGAACAAACUCAGAAUGGAGGAAAGGAUCGUCGCCAAGUUCUUAAAGAUUUUUCAAGGAUGCUAGAUGACCAGAUUGAAAAGAUUGUACUCUUUUUGCUAGAACAACAAGGGCUUCUUGCUAGUAGGAUUGAAAAAUUAGGGGAGGAACGUGUUAAUCUUUCAGAGCAGCCCGACUUUUCUAAGAUAUCAGAACUUUGCGAAGCAUACAAGGAAGUGGGACUUGAUCUUGUAAAACUUCUUAAAUUUGUAGAUCUAAAUGCUACGGGCAUUCGCAAGAUUUUGAAGAAGUUUGAUAAACGAUUUGGGUAUAGAUUUACAGAUUAUUAUGUGACUUCAAGGGCAAAUCAUCCAUAUUCUCAACUACAACAAGUCUUCAAACACGUGGGGCUCGGGGCUAUCGUUGGUGCCCUCUCUCGUAAUCUUGCUGAUCUUCAAUAUCGUCAGGGAAGUUAUCUAUCCAUCUAUGAUCAGCCAUCGGAUGCUUUAAAGGAUCCUAUUAUUGAUUUAAUAAAUGCAUCCGUAGAUAAGCUAACACAUUCAACAAAUUUCCUUAAAUUUUUGGGACAACAUGCUCUUAUCAUACAAGAAGAAUUACCAAGCUCUGGGGAAGAUGAAGCUCUUGAAGCAAACUAUCACUUUAUGUCGCUCCUCUUAAACUUAGCAAAUACUUUCCUUUAUAUGGUCAAUACAUACAUAAUCGUGCCUACUGCAGAUGAUUACUCACUAAGCCUUGGAGCAGCUCCUACUGUUUGCGGAAUCAUAAUUGGGUCAAUGGCUGUUGCACAAGUAUUUUCUUCAGUUUAUUUUAGUGCGUGGUCAAAUAGAUCAUACUUCAAACCUCUUAUAUUCAGCAGUAUUGUACUGUUUUUUGGCAAUGUUUUGUAUGCGUUGGCUUAUGAUGGCUCAUCCUUAACAAUUCUUCUUCUCGGUCGCCUAUUCUGUGGGUUGGGUUCAGCUAGGGCUGUCAAUCGACGAUAUAUUAGUGAUUGUGUGCCUCUAAAGAUUCGCAUGCAAGCUUCUGCAGGAUUUGUUAGCGCCAGUGCUCUUGGAAUGGCUUGUGGCCCUGCCAUUGCUGGCUUGCUUCAGACUAAUUUCAAGAUUUAUUCCUUGACUAUUAAUCAAAACACGUUGCCUGGUUGGGUUAUGGCUCUUUCUUGGCUGAUUUAUUUGAUAUGGCUAUUGAUUUCAUUCAAAGAGCCAACUCAUGACAAUGUAGAGAAGAUACAGCCGCUGGAUAAUACUGAUGGGCAUGUUGGCAUUGGGGAAAUGGAAAGCGGUCUUGCUCAACCUUUGCUAUUAAAUUCAGAACAUAAAGAAAAUGAUGGCGGAGAAGAAUUUGAUGAUAGUGAAGAGGCUCCUGAGGACUCUCGCAUGCCCGCAAAUUCUAUUUGUUCAGCUUAUAGGCUCCUUACACCAUCAGUAAAGGUUCAACUAUUAAUCUAUUUCAUGCUCAAAUUUGGCAUCGAGAUUUUGUUGUCAGAAUCAAGUGUCAUUACGUCAUAUUACUUCAAGUGGACGACCAGUUCUGUCGCUAUAUUUCUUGCAAUUCUAGGGCUCACGGUUCUUCCUGUUAAUGCCAUUGUGGGAAGUUACAUAUCCAACUUGUUUGAAGACAGGAAAAUCUUAUUGGCAUCUGAGAUUAUGAUGUUACUAGGCAUAGCCUUAAGCUUCCAUGUUACAAGUUCUUAUACAGUGAUCCAAUAUGUCUCCUCUGCACUCAUCACCUUUGUAUCUGCUGAAGUCCUUGAAGGUGUCAACUUAUCCCUCCUGUCUCGAGUAAUGUCUUCGCGGCUUGCUCGAGGAACUUACAACGGCGGACUUCUGUCGACGGAAGCCGGGACAUUGGCUCGGGUUGCUGCAGAUGGCAUGAUAACAUUGGCUGGGUUCUUGGGUGAAAGCAAACUCCUGAAUGUUACCCUUCUUCCUUCUGUAUUGAUCUGCAUUGUCUCCAUUGCUGCCACAUUCCUUACCUUCAACUCUCUCUUCUAAAGAAACAAACCAUCUUCCCAAAUUCCUCCAGUUAUUAUGGAUAUUUGGCUGUUUUUUUUGUUAUAUUGGUUUGCCUGUAUGUAAAGAAUUAAGCCAGCCGAUUCAUUUAUUUUUUAUUUAAUAAAUUUAGUUCUUCACUGUUGUGAGCAA